AUGUCUUUCGACGCUACUCGGGUGUACACUACGAGUGUAUUGCAGGGCGAAGAGACUGGUGACCAUGAGAACUCUGAAAUCGUCAAGUCGUUUCGCAAUUUCGUUUUGGAGUUUCGAUUGGACGCGAACUUCGUAUACCGUGACCAGCUGCGGAAUAAUCUGCUGGUGAGGAACUACUCGCUGACGGUUAACAUGGAACACUUGAUCGGAUACAAUGAGGAGCUGUAUAAGCUGCUGCGUGAAGAUCCUAUCGAGCUAAUUCCGUUGUUUGAGCAGGCCGUUACGCAGGUCGCUCGACGGAUUGCGCUCUUAAGCCAAGGAGCUGGUGGAGAGAAAAACGACAGUGAGAUGCUUGGGUUGAGCUUACAGUUAGGAGCUUUUCCCACAUGUCAGCUAAUUCUGCGAUCUCAUUCUUCUGAGACCCCCAUUAGAAAUCUGGACUCUCAGAAUGUGUCAAAAAUCGUGCGAAUCAGUGGGAUCAUAAUCUCGGCGUCGGUAUUGACUUCCAGGGCCACACACUUGUCGCUGGUAUGCAAGAACUGCCGACAUAUGACGUCUAUGGACUUGAAUAAUUUCCAGUCUCUAUCGGGGAACAAUAAUUUGACUCUUCCGCGCUCAUGUUUAGCAGAUCAUAGCAAAACGGAAGGACCAGGUUCUGGAAACCCCUGUGGCCAAGAUCCUUAUAUGGUUGUGCAUGAAAAUUCUAAGUUUAUUGAUCAGCAAUUCUUGAAGCUGCAGGAAAUCCCUGAAUCUGUACCUAUAGGGGAGAUGCCCCGGAAUUUACUUAUGACAUGUGAUCGUUACUUGGCAAAUAGGGUCGUUCCUGGGACCCGUGUGACGAUUGUCGGCAUAUACUCUAUUUACCAAUCAAAAGGUUCUCGAGCUAGUGGAGGAGGCAGCGGUGGAAACAGGCCUGUUGCCAUUAGGAACCCGUAUAUUAAAGUAUUGGGUAUCGAGACACUGUCUAAUAAUCCGAUUAACUCCGCUCUUUCCCUGUUUAAUGAAGUUGAAGAGGAAGAGUUUCUGCGUAUGUCUCGUAUGCCUAACCUUUACGAGGUGUUUGCGAAGUCAAUUGCGCCUAGUAUCUAUGGAAAUGCUGAUAUAAAGAAGGCCAUCGUUUGUCUUUUGAUGGGAGGCUCGAAGAAAAUUUUACCUGAUGGAAUGCGUUUGAGAGGUGAUAUCAACGUGCUAUUAUUGGGUGACCCUGGUACUGCUAAAUCUCAACUGUUGAAGUUUGUGGAGAAGGUCUCCCCAAUUGCCAUAUACACUUCGGGUAAGGGUUCUUCAGCAGCUGGUUUGACUGCAUCAGUGCAACGUGAUCCAAAUACACGGGAAUUUUAUUUGGAAGGCGGUGCAAUGGUCCUAGCUGAUGGUGGUACCGUUUGUAUUGAUGAAUUUGAUAAAAUGCGAGAUGAAGAUCGGGUGGCAAUUCACGAAGCUAUGGAGCAACAGACAAUUUCCAUUGCGAAAGCCGGUAUUACAACUGUGUUGAACUCUCGUACCAGUGUAUUGGCUGCAGCUAAUCCUAUAUACGGUCGAUAUGAUGAAUUGAAAUCCCCAGGUGAAAACAUAGAUUUCCAAACUACCAUUUUGUCACGUUUCGAUAUGAUCUUUAUUGUAAAGGAUGACCACAACGAGCAAAGGGAUAUAUCCAUUGCAUAUCACGUCAUGAACAUCCACACUGGCCGUGCAGCUGUUGCUGAGAAUGCGAAAGAUGCUGAGAACGCAAAUGGUGAAAUUCCUAUAGAAAAGAUGAAGCGCUAUAUUACUUACUGUCGUGCUAAAUGUGCACCCAGGCUUUCUCCUCAGGCUGCAGAAAAGCUCUCCUCUCAUUUCGUAACAAUUAGAAGACAGCUUCUAAUAAAUGAGUUGGAAUCCCGGGAGAAAUCAUCUAUUCCAAUUACCAUCCGUCAACUAGAGGCUAUUAUUCGUAUUACAGAAUCACUUGCGAAAUUAGAACUCAGCUCCGUUGCAGAAGAGCGUCAUGUAGAUGAAGCAAUUAGGUUAUUUCAGGCUUCUACUAUGGAUGCAGCAUCACAGGAUCCUAUUGGAGGAAUGAGAGAUGCAAGUGUUGUUUCUGAAGUUAGGAAUCUCGAAUCAGAAUUAAAAAGAAGACUGCCCAUUGGGUGGUCUACGAGUUACCAGACUCUAAAGCGAGAGUUUGUGCAAUCCAACCGGUAUUCACAGCAGGCUUUAGAUAGGGCUUUAUACAUUCUAGAAAGGCAUGAAACAAUCCAACUAAGGCACCAAGGCCAGAAUAUAUACAGAAAUGGAGUUUAA